CUUUGUUCAGAAUGUCAUCAGGAAAGGCUUACAUUGGGAAACCAGCCCCAGACUUCCAGGCUACAGCUGUAAUGCCUGAUGGGCAAUUCAAAGAUAUCAAGCUCUCUGACUACAGAGGGAAAUAUGUUGUGGUGUUCUUCUAUCCCCUUGACUUCACCUUUGUCUGCCCCACUGAGAUAAUUGCAUUCAGUGAUCGGUCGGAUGAGUUUAAAAAAAUCAACUGUGAACUGAUUGGUGCUUCUGUUGACUCUCACUUCUGCCAUCUUGCCUGGAUAAACACACCGAAAAAGCAGGGAGGGCUAGGCAGCAUGCGCAUUCCUUUGAUGUCUGACACAAACCGUGCAAUUGCGAAAGACUAUGGGGUGCUAAAAGAAGAUGAAGGUAUUUCUUACAGGGGCCUGUUCAUCAUUGAUGACAAGGGAAUCUUGCGCCAGAUCACAAUCAACGAUCUCCCUGUUGGCCGCUCAGUUGAUGAAACGCUUCGACUGGUUCAGGCUUUUCAGUUCACAGACAAACAUGGAGAAGUGUGUCCUGCUGGCUGGCAACCAGGGGCUGACACUAUCAAGCCUGAUGUUAAACAGAGUAAAGAGUUCUUCUCCAAGCAAAAAUAAAUAUUCUGUGUACAUGUUUUGAGCAAGAAAUGUAUUCUGUAACCUGUAUAAAAGCAAAAGCAGAACUGUAUUUGCUAUUCUCUUAUUUAAAGAGUAACCAUAUUGUGAGUGAGUUGGAUUAUGACUGCAGUUCAUAAGCACAUCUAUUUUGUAUUGGUCCAGCUGCCUUUAGUGGGGUGGCUUUGGAGUAAAUGGAUUAUGGAUUCAAUCCUGUUAGCAAUAGCUAUGUAUCGACCAGUUACAUGCCCUGCUAAUCUGAACCAGGAUAGAGGAUUUAAGGACCAAUGCCAUGUAAGUAACUGACUCAGUGAUUCAUGUAUCACAGAUGUAUGUUCUGGUAUUUUGUACUGUCAUUAAACUUGUGCAAAAAAAAAGGAA